GUCGGAGGUACGUUCAAAAAGGAAGCGCGAGCUAAAGAAAGGAGAUGUGACAGACACGGAAAAUCUUGGAAGUUGAAUUUAUCAGGGAGGAUGUCUCUGUUAGCUCCGUUUAAUAAACUUCCUACUCUGAACACGGCCAGUAUCCUGCUGGUGGAGAGUGAGGAGAAGUUUCAACAGAGCUUAGCGGUUGCCCUGGUGGAGGAGAUGACCGUAACCGUGAACGUGAGACUCGCCAGGACUCUCCCUCUUCCCUUGGAGAACGAUGAGAGUCGACCGAGGAUCGACCUGGUGGUGUUCAUCAUUAAUCUGACCUCAGACCUGAGUUUCAGGUCAGCAAAAGCUUCUCUGAAAUAUCUGGAUCCUGGAUACUUCCUCGGGAAAGUCUGCUUCAUGGCUACUAAUGCUCGCCACGCGUCGGUCCACACAGGACUCCUGGAUGCUGUCAGACAGCUGGCCGUCUCGCUCCACUGCCCCCUGUUGUUUGCAGAGGAUCAGACUCCGGAAGACGUAAAGAGUUCAGCGAGAAGGCUGCUCACUAUCCUUAAAGUGGCUUCCGGCCUCGUCCCAAACACUUCUGCUCUGUUCCUGUCAAACCUGACGAGAUGCACCAUGCCGCUAGACAUCGACCAGCCAAGUUUUGAUUAGCUCCCCUCAGUUUUUUAUUUUUAAUGCCUUUAAAUUGGUUAUGUGUGUCUGUUUCUUGAGUUUAAUGAUU